AGUGUGUCGUAACGUUGCCAACAACAAACUCUCCUGCAGAGACUGGAGACGCUUAGGGAAUAUUCAAACCACCGGACUACUGUCACGCGUUUCUCACUGGGUUUCAUUUUUGAUUUGCAAACAUGAUUCCAGAGGAAAGCUUUGGGUCCAUCGAGAACAGGAUGCAUUCUGUAGGUCUGGCUCUGGAGGAGUUGCUGGUGACAGCUCAGAAACAAGACUGCUUGACCAUUGGUAUCUAUGAAUCCGCUAAACUUCUUAAUGUAGACCCAGACAGUGUGGUCCUGUGUGUUCUGGCAGCUGACGAUGCAAACGACGUGGCGCUGCAGAUACACUUCACCCUGCUACAGUCCUUCUGUUGUGACAGUGGCCUUACCAUCCUGCGAGUCUCAGGAGUUCAGCGGCUCCAGCAGCUGCUGGGUGCUGUGGAUGCCAACAGAAACCAGGAAGAGCACGGAGACCUCCACUGCAUGCUGGUUACGAACCUCCAGGCCAAUCACUGUAGGCUACAAGAGGUGGGGACCUACUGCCAGGAGAGCCGACGCCUUAACCAGUGGGUGCCUGAACUAGCCCUGCAGGAACGGUGAAGGGUCUGGCACCCACAUACACCAACAAACACAGGAGCUUCCUGGAUUCACAUACUGAUGAACUGAAGAAUCCGUUGUUGCUCACUCAGGGAUGGCCCAGAGUGAUCUCGGGCAGGUGGGCUGUCCUGACUGAUGACCUUCAGUGACUAGUGAAACAGUCAAGAGUUGAGACUGGUUAACAAAAUCUGUUUUGUGCAAAAGAUACAGACCGAAAAGCAGAUUCCCAACCAGGCCACAUUAUUUUUACAUUGUCAGUAAAACUAGAUUAAGCUUCUAUUUUGUGCUUCUGUUUGGGUACUCAACAAUGUUUAUGGGGUGUGACAAUCACAAGAGUACUAGUAGUAUUGACAGAAACAUGUCCACACCCUGACUUUUACCUGAGAGACCAGUCUGAUUCUGGGAACUGGAAGGAAUGCUGUAAUGAAACUGUGCCCAACAUUCCUGUGUAUUCUGACAUGGGAGAGUCCUUGGAGAGAACGUGUGUGUAAAUGCGUGGUAUGCUUGUACAAUACACGGAUCUUUCUUUAGAAAAGACUGGGCGUGCAGCGUGUGCAUUCUUGAAAUGAGCAGCUGAACCUGUGGAAGAAUUGUCACCAUGGAAACUGAAAUUGAAAUUAUGUCCAAGUAAAGUCACGCAGGAUUUAUUGGCCAAAGACAAUUGCAAAAGGGUUGCAGAACUUGAUGUUUUUGGUCAAAGGGAGAUACAGGACAGACAAUAUAAUGAACUGUGUGUGGCUGUAAAUUCUUAUUGUGCUGCAAAAGAAACCUCAGUCAAUAUCUUUGUGCUUUUUUUUUUAAGAGCGCUGCUUUGUUGACAAAAUGCUGUUAAACUAAUACAGUGCUACUGCAGUAAUUUAUUGAUUGUAUCAGUUGUUUGUGUAGCUAUUUAUGGUCUAAUUUUGUGCUCUGUUAAAUGAGUCAAUAAAUUAUUGUAUUCAUAA